CAGCAGGUCUAUGCAAAUCCACUUGUUCUCUAAAAGGGAUCUUUUGGAAUGGUCUAUCAAAACAGGAUAGCUGCUGUCAUUGCACUGUACUAUAUGUCAUGUCAACGUCAUUAUAAACACUAAUGUGUUUUUUAAUAAAGCAUGGAUAUGAUAUUAUGAUAUGUUGUACUAUAAUUGAUCAACUGUGGGCACCAGGCAGCUUCUCCCCUUCUAUCCCCCUAUUGCCUGUUUUCAAUUUCACAACCUUCAUUAUGUAGGUUCCAUCACCCUGAAAGUUGUGGAUGAACUCAUCUUGUUGGUAGUUCAGUUAACCCGCGUGUUUUUUCUUAAAAGAAAAAUGGGUGACAUUAGCUAAUUAUUGAUCCCAACUCACUGGAGUUGUUCUUCUCUUAUCUACCUUUUGUGCUUCUAUUCUAUAUCUUAUAUUCUAUAUAGUGCCAAACACUGCACUCGUAGGCCUAAAUUUGUUCAAUAUAUAAAUGUGCAGAGUUUUGAAGCUUUGAACCCCAGAGCCAUUGCUGUUGUGAUAGACCCCAUCCAGAGUGUGAAGGGGAAGGUGGUUAUUGAUGCAUUCCGCCUCAUUAAUCCUCAGACCAUGAUGCUUGGCCAGGAGCCACGUCAGACAACAUCAAAUGUUGGGCACCUAAAUAAGCCAUCUAUUCAGGCUCUUAUCCAUGGGCUGAAUAGACACUACUACUCAAUUGCAAUCAAUUACCGGAAAAAUGAGCUUGAGGAGAAAAUGCUGUUGAACUUGCACAAAAAGAAAUGGACCGAUGGUCUAAUUUUGAAGAGGUUUGACACUCACUCGAAAACCAACGAGCAGACUGUCCAGGAAAUGCUAAACCUAGCCAUCAAGUACAACAAGGCAGUGCAGGAGGAGGACGAACUGCCACCUGAGAAACUUGCAAUAGCAAAUGUGGGUCGGCAAGAUGCAAAAAAGCAUUUGGAAGAGCAUGUGUCGAAUUUGAUGUCAUCAAACAAUGUUGAUACAACCAUUGGUUGGAAUGCAUUAAUCAAUAGUUUUUCCCACUAA